AUGAAGACGAAUGCAUUGUAUAUAUUCGGCAUAUUACUCUUGAAUCUGAUCAAUUCACGCAAUACCUUAGCAAAGCCAGUGCAAAACUCUAGAUCGAAACGAUUCACAACAUCUGUGGUCAAAUCAGAACGAGAUGCUUAUGGAUACCUCGCCAAAUAUGGCUACAAUCCAUGUGAAAAUGAAUCUAAACCAAACGGAACCAAUAGUGAAACAUUUUGUCGACAAGUCGCUUUAAAGACAAUGCUGAAAGAUUUUCAAGCUCAAAACGGACUACCCAAAACUGGAACACUUAGCGCGAGCGUAAAAAAAUUGAUGAAUACUCCUCGAUGUGGUGUGAGAGACAUGCCACGUGCCUUUAAAACUGCAAAGUCAUGGACAAAGACUUGUUUUACGUGGAAUUUAAGAAAUGGAACUCUUCCAUCGCUUGGACUAACCAAAAUUCGUCAACAAAUUCGGCAAUCAUUCCAGGACUGGGCUACGCAUUCACUGUUGACAUUCAAAGAAGUAUCAGAAAAUGAGAAAGCUGACUUGUAUUUGGCAUUUACGAACCAAAAUAAUGAUAGUAAUUUUGACGGACCAGGCAAAACUUUGGCUUACGCUUCUUUUUUAACCGUAGGAGAGAUCCGAUUUGAUGCUACGGAACCGUGGACAGAAAAAUAUGAUGAUGAUGACAUCAAUCUUCGUCUUGUAGCUACCCAUCAAAUAGGACAUGUUCUUGGAUUAGGUCAUUCUUAUGGUCUAUUAUCAAUAAUGAAUCCAUAUUAUCUACCCAUGCGAUCGGAAGACAUGCUUCCAGAAGAUGAUCGUCAUGAUAUUCAAGCACUGUACGGACCUAGGUUUCCACCGAGUAGUGGUGAGUAG